GAGGCUGCAGGUCCGGGCGGGGCCGCGCCGCGGAACCCUCAGCCUAGCGCCCCCGCCCGCGCCGCCGCCGCGCCCUGCAGGACGCGCAGCCGAGCCGGGCCGUGGGACACUCGGCCGAGCGCGGGGCAUGAAGUUGGGCGCGCGCGGGCCUCCGAGCGAGGGCGCGGCGGAGCCGGGAGCCGCUCGCGUCUAGAGCUGCUCGGUGCGCCAUGGUGCUCGGGGGCCCCGGGACGCCGCCCCCACUGCUGCGUGGGCUGCUGCUGCUCUUGGGGACCAGCCUUCUGCCGGUGAGCAGCCAUGUGGAGACCCAGGCCCACGCAGAGGAGCGGCUCCUGAAGACCCUCUUCUCCGGCUACAACAAGUGGUCCCGGCCCGUAGCCAACAUCUCAGAUGUGGUUCUUGUCCGCUUCGGCCUAUCCAUCGCCCAGCUCAUUGACGUGGAUGAGAAGAACCAGAUGAUGACCACAAACGUGUGGGUGAAGCAGGAGUGGCACGACUACAAGCUACGCUGGGACCCCAGGGACUACGAGAACGUCACCUCCAUCCGCAUUCCCUCUGAGCUCAUCUGGCGACCGGACAUCGUUCUCUAUAACAAUGCAGACGGGGACUUUGCAGUCACCCACCUGACCAAGGCCCACCUGUUCCAUGAUGGGCGGGUGCAGUGGACACCCCCCGCCAUCUACAAGAGCUCCUGCAGCAUCGACGUCACCUUCUUCCCCUUCGACCAGCAGAACUGCACCAUGAAGUUUGGAUCCUGGACCUACGACAAGGCCAAGAUCGACCUGGUGAGCAUGCACAGCCGUGUGGAUCAGCUGGACUUCUGGGAGAGUGGGGAGUGGGUCAUCGUGGACGCCGUGGGCACCUACAACACGCGGAAAUACGAGUGCUGCGCCGAGAUCUACCCCGACAUCACGUACGCCUUCAUCAUCCGGCGCCUGCCGCUCUUCUACACCAUCAACCUCAUCAUUCCCUGCCUGCUCAUCUCCUGCCUCACGGUCCUCGUCUUCUACCUGCCAUCCGACUGCGGAGAGAAGAUCACGCUGUGCAUCUCCGUGCUGCUGUCACUCACCGUCUUCCUGCUGCUCAUCACCGAGAUCAUCCCGUCCACCUCGCUGGUCAUCCCGCUCAUCGGCGAGUACCUGCUCUUCACCAUGAUCUUCGUCACGCUGUCCAUCAUCAUCACCGUCUUCGUGCUCAACGUGCACCACCGCUCGCCGCGCACACACACCAUGCCCGCCUGGGUGCGCAGGGUUUUCCUGGACAUCGUGCCCCGCCUGCUCUUCAUGCAGCGGCCGUCUGUGGUCAAGGACAACUGCCGACGGCUCAUCGAGUCCAUGCACAAGAUGGCCAGCACCCCACGCUUCUGGCCCGAGCCCGAGGAGGAGCCCAACAUCCUGAGCAGCUCUCGAAGUCCAGGCCCAUCUCCUACCCUGUCAGUUGGUGUCCCUGCGGAGACACCGGAAGAAUCCCAGCCUCCUGGCACGUCGCCCUCCAGUCAGGCCCCUGUGCUGCAGCCCUCAGGGGCCAAGAAGGGAAGCCCCUGCCCCUUGCCUAGCUCCUGUCCCCCACCCAGCAGCACUGGGGCCUUGGGGCUCACCAAAGCCAGGUCCCUGAGCGCUCAGCACAUGUCCAGUCCCCAUAAAGCAGCAGAGAGCGGCAUCCGGUGCCGGUCUCGAAGCAUCCAGUACUGUGGUCCCCGGGAUGGCGCUGCCUCCCAGGCUGACAGCCCAACGGCUGUCUCCCCGACCUCUCCAAAGGCACACUCAGCCGAGCUGCCACCAGAGCAGCCCUCUCCGUGCAAGUGCACAUGCAAGAAGGAGCCGCCUGUGGUGUCCCCGAUCACUGUGCUCAAGGCCCACAGCACCAAAGUGCCACCCCGGCACCUACCCCUGUCACCAGCCCUGACUCGUGCAGUGGAGGGUGUCCAGUACAUCGCCGAUCACCUGAAGGCAGAAGACUCAGAUUUCUCGGUCAAGGAGGACUGGAAGUACGUGGCCAUGGUCAUCGACCGCAUCUUCCUCUGGAUGUUCAUCAUGGUCUGCCUGCUGGGCACCGUGGGCCUGUUCCUGCCACCCUGGCUGGCUGGCAUGAUCUAGGGCUGGAGCUGGUGUGGCCCACGCACCUCCAGGACGCAGCGUGGCUGGGCCUGCUUGUUCCUGAGCCCCCAGUUCUAUGGGCCACACCACUUGCUGUUUGUCCCCAUCUUCCGUACAUGCUGUGAGACAACCUUGGAAAGAGACACUGCCUCCCAAGGGAGCUGGAUUUCGGGGCUGGUUCUGGUCACGCAGUGGCCAGGGAGGGGUUGCAGUGACCCUUCUGUCCACAGGGUAGUCCUGUGUCCUGGCUAAGCCCAUUAAAGUUUCUCCAGAGCA